AUGCUGACAUCAGCAGGUUUGUUGAACAAACUGUUGUGAACGUGACUGAGCAGUUCUGUUGUGUUCUGUUGGCUUUAUGGAACCUGUGGCUGGUUCCUCCAGUGGAAGAUGCGAGCAAGAUCAAUGUGGGGGGUGUCUGGUGGAGGAAAACUCUGGGGGCAUGAUCAUGCUUACAUGUAACGCUUGUGGAGCGGUGGUGACUGAUCAACAGCUGGUGUUUGCUGGAGAGGGACAGUCAAGCAGUUACGGCACGAGCACCCUGGGAGCAUUGAGUCAGAAGGUGAAAGGUCGUUAUGUGGAUCUCCAGAAGAAAAGAGAGAGAAGCCUGCUUGCUGUGAUUGAUAAGAUGGGUUGCGAUGCUCAUAUCAGAGGAGCUGAAUUACGAACGUGUAAGGACGAAGGCAUACGCUUGCUGAAAAGCCUCAAAUUCCACAAGACAAAACAUGUUGCUGCUGGACUGAUCUACCUAGCUCUGAGAAGGCAGGGUCUUGCAGUCACCUUUAGAGACGUCUCGCAACUGACUCAUGUGGGAAUGAAACCACUGAGAAGGAGUGUCAUAUGGCUCAAGAGGGAAUGCAGUGCAUCAUCUCUCUCAGGAGGAGAAAUUGUCAGUGAUUUGCCGUUCACAUUUGAGCAGAGAAUACAACUAUUGCUGGACCAAUUGAAGUUACCAAAGAAAGAGACGAAUGAAGCUAAAAGAGCUGCUAAUGAUUUGAAGGAGAUUUUGUUUGGUUCCAACGAAAAACUUGAGAUCCACUCUUACUGUACUAUCUUGAUAUUUGCUCUUGACCAUGUCUACAAGGACAAGCCUCAGGCAGAACACUGGAUUACUUCAGUCGCCAACCUUGUGCAAAUUAAGACUACAACUAUGACUAAUAAAGUCAGUAUCAUGAAAGAUAAACUUUUCUCAGCUGCAAAGAAGAUACCAUCCCUGGAAUCACGGAUCAGGGAGAAGGGAAUACUUCGGAGAAAUAUAAACAAGUAUAUCCAUUACAUUUUGGAGAACAAGAGUUAUCUAAUCAGCCUCAAUAAAGGAGAAUCUAAAACCGAUAAUGAGUCGCCUGCUGAGGAUGAAUCGAACAUGGCUACUGAGCCCACCGCACCUAGUGGGGAUAUUUUCCCCAACAUCAUGUUACACCCCUCGACCAGAAGUAGACACAGACGGGAACAACGUGCAAUGGUCUCACCUACGGCAUGUAGUGGUACCUCCCAGGAAGAAGAGAGAUGUAGUGAUCUGGACGAUGCUGAACUCGAUACGUACCUAGCAACCGAUAAGGAGGUGAAGAAGAAGACACGUUACUUCAAGCGGCACCACAUCAUUUAGGACUGAAUUAAACUUCUUCCUUAGUUUCAGCAAUAAUGACAUUAUUAUUGUCUAGUAAUUUUUAUGCAUUUAUCGUUGGCUAUUGAUCAUCAUCAUAUUUAUCAA